AUGGGACGAAUCCCUGGGGAGGGGCAGGAGCACACAGGAGGACCUGGAGGAGGAGGAGGAGGCAGGACACUGGCGGAGCAGCGCGCUCUCCAUCAGCAGCAGCAGCAGCACAAGCAGCAGCAGAUUCAUCAGUUCCAGCUGCAGCAUCAGCACCAGCAGCAUCAGAUGCAGCUACACCAUCAGCAGCAGCAGCAUCAGCAGCAGCAGCAUCAAGGAGGAGGAGGUAUGGGGGGACUGUGUCCUCGCCCCCUCCUGCCUCCGCCGCCACCUCCCUCCUCCUCCGCCGGCGUCUCUGGCAUCGGCAUCCCAUCAUCAUCCUCGUCCUCCCAGAAUCCCCUGCUGCUGGAUUCGGCCGCUCUGCUGCCGCCGGUGCCCCUGUACAGACUGCGCCGCUUCCCGUGCGGAAACAUCGGCUACGGGUACCAGGAGCAAGGGUUGCCCCUGAUGGACGCCGGUGGCCCCCCCAACAUGGGGCCCCCCAUGUCCAUGUCCAUGAGCAUGAGCAUGCCCCCCCUGGCGCCGCCCCAGCUCCAGCCCCAACAGCCUCAGCAGCAGGUUCCGACUCCUCCUCCUCCUCCGGCAGGCGGCGGCGCUCCUCAGAGACCCCUUGGUGUCGGUGUCGGUGUCAAUCGCCCCGGCAACCUGGGAGGAGAGGAGAGCCGCCCGCUCCUGGUUACCAAGGGAACGGUGGUGCAGGUGGACCCCAGGCUGCCGACGAUGGAGGGCCACAACGCCACCGUACUUUAA